UAGGUGGAUCUGACUGCAGUGACAGCCAUCAGCUCUAAAUUUUUUGUUUCUCGGUGAAAGUCAAAGAAAGUCACUGAUUGUUAUUUAAUUAAUUGCUUGAUUAAGAAUAAAAAUAUUAACAAAAUGUCUGCUAUUGAUCCACCAUUGAGAACUCCGUUCAAUGUUUCACCUUUUAUUAGGUUUAGUCGAUGGGCUCUUUUCUUCUCUGGUAUUGCUUGGGGUGUCCACCGGCAAAGAGUCAACCAAAAAACCGAAAAUGACUACAGAGAGUUCAUCGAGAAGAUGAAACCAAUUUGGAUGGAAAAUAAAGCUAGAAUUAUGGCUGAACGAUCAAGAGAGGAACUUCUCAAUGUUGCUGGUCAAAUCAACCAUCCUGUUCCAAGUAAUUUCGAUGAAGCAUACCCAUCAAAUAAAACUAAACCUGCAAUUGAUCCUGAGUUAUUAUCUGAAAAUGCACUGGCUGCUUACAAAAAAGGAAAAGGUGCUGAAAUCCUCAAAAAAGCCGAGUCCUACAAACUAUGAGUUGAUUUAUUUCUUGGCCGAGUCUUAGUUACUAUCCAAUAAGAAUUGUAUAGAGAAUAAUAAAAUAAAAUUAACCCGGUAAAUAAA